UCAUCAAAUAGGCCGCGGAGUCCGUAUGGAUCUCAGCUAGGCGUUGUAUUCAUCUUUCUUGAUCUGUCUAUAAACAUGUCUACAAGAUAUAGAGUUAUCUGCAGUACCCUUAGAAGAAAGCCCAGAGUAAGGGUGGAGUCCCGAGCCAUGACAUCUCUGGCUGGCCUGUUGCAUGCUACGGAUCUUAUAUCCGCAACCGAAUAUCGCCCCAUAGGGAUCUCAAAAUCGCCAUCAGGACUCCCAUUCAACAAGCUGUCAACGUCACGUUCAGGCGGACAUAACUUUUCUUUAUCCUACCUGUUCAUGUACUCCUCUGUUAGCCGCCUGCCUCCUCAAAAGAAGUCACGCGCGUUCGUUGAUAACACUCAUACCGUCCAUGGUAAUGACUGGUAUGAACUUUUGGCGAGAAAACACUGCCAGUCACUCGAAGUUCGGCUGUUAUUCCGCGCGACGCCUUUUGUGGCAUCGUCAACGUACACGUUCCCGUCGUAACAGCUGACUUUUUGCCGAUUCUGCUGCCACCAGGUGCGAUUCUAGGAUGCCCUCUGAUGUGAGCAG